AUGCAAGAGACCACCAAGAGACCAAACUUUCCCAGGCCCGACUUCACGACCAGCUACACCGACAAGCAACAGCGAAGACUCCCGCAAUGCAUCGCCCAUCGUGGUUUCUCAGCCCGGUACCCGGAAAACACCAUGGCUGCAUUCAAAGCUGCCGUCGACGUUGGAGCCCAUGCGCUCGAAAUGGAUCUGCAGCUCACCAAAGACGGAACUGUAGUGGUCAGCCACGAUCCGACAUUAGAAUCUCAAUUCGGCCGCCCCGGAAAGAUCGCAGACCACGACUGGCACGACAUCAAAGACCUGAGGACGAUCAAAGCGCCUCAUGAGCCUGUGCCAAGAUUCGUCGAUGUGCUGACAUGGCUCUCGCAGCCCGAAGCGCAGCACGUGUGGGUGCUGCUGGAGAUCAAAGUCGGCGGCAAUGCGAAAGAGAUCAUGCAGAAUGUCCACCAACUGUUCCGGUCACAACCAGCUGGCCAAAAUGCCAGAGCGUGGAAUGAGCGGAUUGUGAUCACGGUGCUCCCACCCUCCUACCUGACCCUGGCCGCCGAGUACCUGCCCGGCUUUCCAGUCGCACACGUUGGCUUUUCGUGGUCCUGUAUCAGAGACCUCCUACCGAUCCCCGGCCUGAGCUUCAACAUCGCAUUCCCAUUGCUCGUGCUGCCAGGAGGGAGUGGGCUUUUGACGCAAAUCCAGAAGAAACACGACAAGCCGGUGUAUGCGUGGGUGGUGGAUGAAGAACACACCCUGAAGUGGUGUAUCUGGCGGGGACUCGAUGGUGUCCUUACCGACGACUCCGAGAAGUUCCUGGAGGUUUGCAGAGGGUUUGAUUUUGAAGCGAGAGAGCCUUGGUUCCCAUUUACUGUCAGGACUUAUUGGGAGGCGGUGGUUGCUGUGGCUGGUAUGGCGUGGAAAGCUUGGACGAUGAGGACUGUACUCACUGCUCCUCGAUAUAAGUAG